AUGGCCGCCGCCAAGGAGCUGCAGCUGAAGGCUGCCACCAUGGAGGAGGAGUUCGAGAGCUCCUGCGGCAAGACAGAGGUGGACGUCGAGUACGUUGAUGAAGUGAGCGGCUGGGGCACGAACUACGAUCACAUCCCGACUGCCGAGAUGUGCUGCGCAAUGUGCCAAGGCGAGCCCAGGUGCAAAGCCUUUACCUGGGUGAAGGACGCUGGGCUGCCAGACGGCUGCCCCAGCCAGUGCUGGCUCAAGGGGGGCACGGGCACCCCCAGGCAGUCGCAGGGGCUCGUUUCGGGGCUCCCACCGACGCGGCGUUCCUUGGGCAAGGUGCCCUCGGGCACGGGUGGGGCGGGCGGGUCUCUGUUCUGCGUGGCGCUGAUGGUGCCUGGGACCGACGAGGAGAACCUGCUCCUGUGGCAGUACAACAACAAGGCAAGCAUUUUCGCUUGUGAUGGGACUGCCAUUUACAGCAACCAGAAGAUGGAGCUCGCUCCGGGCGUCACAACGCUCGUCAUCGACAGCGACCUGAAGUGCGAGUACGGCGGCGACUCCCAGUCCGCCCUGAACGCCUGGAUCUUCAUCGCUCUGUGGAAGAAGCUCAUCGAGGAUGGGGAGUACGCCAACCACGACUGGGUCGUCAAGGUGGACCCAGAUGCCGUCUUCUUCCCAGACCGGCUGGGAGCCGUGCUGGCGGAGCACAAGGGCGACGGUUUCGUCAACAAUUGCCGCUAUGGGCUGCAUGGGCCGAUCGAGGUCCUGAGCAAGCUGGCCGUGGACGCCCUCGCGAAGGACUACGCCGACAGCUUCGACGGCAAGGCCCCGAAGCAGUGCGUGGAGAAGCAGGACUUCGGCCAGUGGGGCGAGGACAUGUUCCUGGCCCAGUGCCUCGAGACGGUCCUGGAGGUGAAGCCGAACCCGGUGGACGUCCGGCUCAUGUGCGAGAGCCAUUGCGAUUGUCCCGCGUGGUAUUGGUGCCAGAACGGCACGGACCGCGUGAGUUUCCACCCUUUCAAGACAGUGGCUUCGUACCAGAAUUGCAUGGCCAAUGCGCUCGGGGGCCCUGAGUUGGCCGAUGGCGUCGCGCAGCCCACUCCCGCGCCUGGACCGGCAGCGAAGGUGCUGGAGGCGCGCGUAGUCGCGAGUAGUUCCAGCACAGAAGCGGCCAGUUCGGCGUCGACUCCAGGCCCAGCGUCCGCUCCGGCGCAGCCCAGCUUUGACUGCGACGCUGGCUUGAGCAACUGGAAAGCAGGCUGGUCCAGCGAAAAGAAGGAGUUUUGCUGCAAGGGCCAGCAGAAGGGCUGCGACGGCGACGACUCCGGCGACGGCGAGGCCAUUCCAGCGGACCAGCAGACAUGCAAGGACUACGGCUGCGUCAGCGGUUUCGACCCCGAGCGUGCAUGCCAGUGCAACUCAGACUGCAAGUCUCACAACAGCUGUUGCGAUGACUUCGAGGCUGUCUGCGGAAACAUAGUGCAGCCAGAGAAGCACAAGAGCACAGCCAAAACGUUCAGCUCGGACGAGAGCUGCGCCAGCUACGGCUGCGGCGGGGAGUACGACGAGGAGCACUGGUGCCAGUGUUCUACGGACUGCGAGGAGUACGGCAACUGCUGCGCCGACCUCAUGGAUGUGUGCGGGGAGAUCCUUGGCAUCGGCACCCCAGCGCCGGCCACCCCGGCGCCGGCGGCCCCGGCGCCAGGCACCGCCGCCUCGCCCGCGGGCGGGGACACGGCAACCACGGGCGCGGCACCUCUGCAGGCCGCGACCGUCAGCGUCGGCGCCGCGGGCGCUGCAGAGGGCGCUCCCGCCGACGCAGGUGCGGCGCAGCAGUUUGCCCCCGGCCCACGGGCGCAGACCUUCUACAUGUACCGCGCGCAGAGCGAGGCCUCCUACGACCUGGAGAACAUCAACACCGCGGACCUGGCGGGGGUCCUGUGGUACCUCCACAACGAGGUGAUCGUGGCUCAGCCGAGGAAGUACAAGAUCGACCGCAUCAAGCGUUUCAAGGUCACGGUCAAGAACACUUGGGAGUUCUGGAAUGCGCACAAGCGUCAGUUCGGCUCGUUUGUUGCCUAUGAUGCCGCCCGAUGCUCGACGCCUAUCUGCAAGGACAUCUACAACCAGUACGGAUUUAUUGUGGGCUGCCAGAUUCAGGACCUGUCGGUGGCUGCGUACCUGUCCCCCAACCAGACUAACUGGAACUGUGAAAAGGGCUCGGACGCAUGUAACCCCCCGGUGUGGUGGUCACUCCCGGGGCCAUGUCCGGCCAUGGGCAUGAGCAACGAUAAAAUAGCCGCCAAUAAGGUUGAUUUGGAUGUGAGUUCUUUCAAGUCCGAAGAAUGCAUCAAGAAGAUGCCCGGUGGCCGCUGCGACAAAGCGACGGGUGCCCCCGAUUGCACCUACAGCUAUGAGGAGGCUGGGGAGAUCUUCUUGGACGAGCUCGCUGGCAUCGACGACUACGACAACUUCUGGAACUACUCAUACACCAAAUGCUUGCAGGAUGAGGCCCAGCAUAAGACGAGCGAGAACGUGUCGUGCGUCCAGAACAAAGAGUACGAUCCCAAGACGGAUGAGGGAAUUGGCACGAAUUUCUGGAAUGGCAAGCUUGACAAGGAGAAGUGCGUUGCGCGCAUGGAGGCGGUGCGGCAGCUGUUCAAGAUGCACAAUCCCGAGUUCCCAGCCGACCUCGACGAACCCGCCUGCGAGUUCGACAUGUUUUACGACGGCGAGUUCCAGUGGGCCGUCAACCACACUGGUGCUGAGCCUUCCCCAUGGUGGGACAACAAGAUGUCCGUCUCAGAAAUGGGUACCACCGAGGACACAGAAGACAUAAAGGACACAAAGUGA